AUGAGGAAGGUUAUAAUAGUUGAUGGUACACAUCUUCGAGGUAAGUAUGCUGGUUGUUUACUCACUGCCUCAGCCCAAGAUGGAAAUUAUCAAGUGUUUCCAUUGGCGGUCGCGGUUGUCGAUGGCGAAAAUGACAAAGCAUGGGAGUGGUUUUUUAACAAACUAUCACAAUUCAUACCAAACAACGACGAUAUUGUUUUUGUCUCUGAUCGCCAUCCAUCUAUUUACCACGGCAUUGCUAAGGUGUAUCCUAUGGCUAGGCAUUGCGCAUGCAUACUCCACCUAAAGAGAAAUAUUAGAACGUAUUUCAAAGAUAAGCACUUGGGGUAUUUGGUGGGGAAAGCAGCAAGGGCGUUCCGACGAUCGGAGUUUUACAAGUACUUAACUGGGAUAGGAGUCCAACAUUGGGCAAGAUCUCUGUUUGAAGGCAACCGCUACAACAUUAUGACGAGUAAUGUUGCAGAGACUUGGAACUCGGUAUUACGGGAUGCUAGAGAAUACCCAAUACUUUCACUUAUCGAAUACAUAAGAGGGAAGCUUAUGUCAUGGUUUGCUGCAAGAAGACAACUACUGAGGGAGGGUGAUAAGAUAGUGACUCCACAUGUGGAUGAUAUUGUGGCAGCAAACUUCGAACGGAGUGGGGGACUUUGGGUAACGCUCAUUGGGGAAGAAGAAUAUGAGGUUCGGGACAAGGACGGAAACACAUGUCAUGUUAAUUUAACAGACAAGACUUGUACGUGCUUUGAAUUUCAAGCCCUACUCAUUCCCUGCAUCCACGCGAUAGCUGCGGCAACAAGGUACAAAAUCAGGGUGGACACACUGGUCGGAGAGUGUUAUAGUUUGAACACAUAUAGAGCAUCGUACGCGGAAAAAAUUAAUCCAGUUGUUGGUUACGAGGACAUUGAAAUUUUAUCAAGUGACAGAUCUGAAGGGCAGGUGUCACUAAACCCGCCGGCUAGUAGGAGACCACCGGGGAGGCCGAGGAAAAACCGGCUUUUAUCACGAGGAGAAUUUGAGAUGCAAGGAAAGAAAAAGCGAACUAUGUGCAGUAGAUGCAAGUGCGCUGGCCACAACCGCGCGACUUGCAAAAUGGCAAUAUGA